AUGGCGUUUCACCAGAGCUCUGCAAGUCCUGAGGGUGGACAGGGCGACGUCGUGCAGAUGCUGGAGACGCUCUAUUGCAGCGCCGACCCUCACGCGCGUCGUCAGGCGGACAUCUGGCUGAGGCACUGGCAAAAGUCUUCCGAAGCGUGGGCUCUGUCGAUGGAGAUGCUGCUGCAGUACGCCCAGACUCCCGCUCCGGCCCAGUCUCCCGUCCUCAGCGACGAGGCAGUCUACUUCCUCAGUCAGACGCUGCGUACGAAAACGAUGUUCGAUUUCCACCAACUCCCCGCCGCUUCCCACGAGGUUCUCUGCUCACAGGUCAUCCGUCUCCUUCAGAGCUUCACAGCUCCGGCGCCGCAUGCAGACGCCAGUGCCGCCGACACGCCUGCUUCGACCGCUGGGCCGCCGCCUGCUGCUGGCCCUUCGGCGAACGCUCAGAGGGACAGGCACCGCGCCGCCGUCACGCAGCUCUCUCUCUGUCUCGCAGACCUCGCGCUGCAGACGGCUGACAAGUGGGAGACGCCGGUUCAGGUGAUUCUCCAGGCGUUUCCCCUCGCCUUGCCGUCCGCGGCGGGCGGGGCGCCUGGCCUGCAGCCUGGCGACACGCGAGGCCACACGACGGCUCUCCUGCUUCUUCUCCUGCGGCACCUGGCGGAGGAAAGCACGAGUCGGCGCGUCAUGGCCGACGAGACGGUGCGCCGUCAGCACCUCGCCAACAUGGCGAAGGCUGCCUCGACGGUCAUGCAGACGUUGCUCGAUCUCCGGCAGCGUGUCCGCGACACGAAGCAGAGCCUCGAGACAAAGAGUCUCCAGUCGUCCGAAGGCGAGGCGCGAGCGGCGCUCCUCGCCGCCAUCGCCAUCAACGACUCUCUCCUGCGGGCGAUCCUCUCAUGCUGGCGCGUGUGGCUGCCCUUCCUCCAACCUCUCACAGCCGGCGAGGGCGACGAGGCCGCGCGCCAAGACAGCGCAGGCCUGUCGCUUCACCGGGAGCUUGGCGACGCGACGCGCGCUCGCGAGCAGCAGGCGAGUCUCGCCCUCGUCUUCUCAGACUGCCUGGAAGUUCUCGCCUCGCCGCGUCAGACCCCCGCGUCUGCGGCCUCGUACCCGAGUUCGAGCGGCGACGAAGACGCGCACGAAGCCGCGGCGAGCUGCGUUCUCCGCCUGCUCAAGUCGGUCACGUCGGCGACGCAGGAACUCCGUUCGCGCCUCCUCCGCCUGCAGAAAGAAGUGGCCCAGGCGCAGCCUGAGCAGCCGGGAGCCCCCACGCUUUCCUCGGCCUUCUCGCCGCCCGCGCCGGAGGUCUUCGCGCAUGCACUCCGCGAGACGGAGACGCGGUUGAAGACGGCCGAAGCGUUUGAGCUCCAGCUCCUGCAGGAAAUCCUCGCGCGGUGCGUUGGGCCUUUGCGUGGACGGCUGCUGGCGGCGCUUCAGCGCAGUGAAGACGAGGCCUCAGGGGCGUUCGAGGACGACUUCGAGGCGAUGCAAACGCUCACGACUCUCGCGCGCGUAUACGCGGGCGUGGGCAUCUUCCUGAUUCCCGCACUCGUCCGUCGAAGCCACAAGGACGCGCAGCUGCAGGAACUCGUUCACCUGUUGAUGAAGAUUUCCGAGUCUCCCCGGACGCGCGGGAUGGUCUCCCACGGGCUGGAGGCGACGGACGCCGGAGCCGACGACGAGGAGGGCGAGGAAGAGGCGCUCCUCGUGAUUGAGGAGCCGAUGCGGUUCUGGAUGAAGCUCGCAGAGGCCGCGCACCGCGCGGAGACAGCCCUCGCUGCCUGCGCGGUGCGGGGCGAGACGAAGGGGGACGGCGCGGGAGGUGCGAGCCAGAAGGCCUCGCUGACUGAUCGGGCCCUCGACGCGGAAGGACCGCUUCCCGAGGACGCGCGUCAGUCGAUCGAUGCGCUCAAGGAAGUGUACACGCACCUCCUGCGCGAGUGUCUCCUGCAGCUCACCAUGCCGAAGCGGGUCGCGGACUCGGCCCUCUCGGGGGACUACGACGCGUACCGGCGCGCCUUGCUGGACUGCGUGGAAGACUGCGCCUUGCUGCUGUCAGCCGAGCGCGGGAGCCUGGUCGCGAUUGACCAUCUGCAGCAGCUGCGUCAGCGGCAGGAGGCAGAGCUGCAGCGCAUGUCUUCGCUCUCGCCUUCCGCCGCCGAGCUCCAGCAACGGCAGGAACGCCUGCUCGAGGGCGCUCUCGUCGGCCUAGCCAAGCUGUGCAGCCUCGACACAGAUUUCGCGGUGCUCAAGCAGCAUCUCCAGGCUCCACUCGGCGCCGUCAGCGAGGUGCUGGGGACGGAGACCUUUCCCGCACACUCCCUACCGCUUCUCCACACGACCGUCUUUGCACGGAUCGCCGCCAUCGACUUGCUGAAGCAACUCCUCGUACCCCUCGUCGACGAUGCCGCCUCCCUCCAGCAGGCGCUGCAGAUGCUCGUGCGGCAACUGCUCACACAGCCCAAGGCUGCCGCAGGCGGAGACAGAGCAGAAGACGAACGCCAGGCGAUGAUCCAGAACCUCCACGUCAAUGCCGCCCGAGCGGUCCGACAGCUGUGCAUUGCCGCAAACGCCUCUGCUCUCCACCCUCCCCUUGUCAACGAACUCGUCAACCUCACCAUUGCCCUUGCCAAUGUCAACGCAGAUGAAGAUGUGCACAUGUUCGUCUUGGAGGGCGUCUCUGCUGUGGCGAGCAAAAUGGAAGACACGGCCACGUUCCUCAGCGUUUUGGAGGCUCUGUGUAAGCCUGCGAUUGCUGGUCUCCAGCAAUCAGAGACGAACGAAGCGGCCAUCUGCCAGCACCUCGACUGUCUCGCCGUCAUCUUGAGAGACGCAGUGUGUCCCGGCGCCUCCGCCCAGUCGGCGGCUUCGCCUGGAGGCGAGAGACACCUGCGCGUCGCGGCCUUCAUCACGUCCUCGCUCUGGCCACUCUUGCGAGCCCAGCUGGAGAAACUUCCCUCGCACCAGCGAAUCGUCGAGAAGUCUCUGCGGUGUCUGAAGCAUGCAGUCCGAUGCGCCGGCGACGGCUUUAAGCCUCUCCUCCCAGACUUCCUCGCCCUCCUCGAAAAGAAUGCUCAGCUCUGUCUUCACUGCACGUACCUCUACGCGGCCGAGUGGCUAGCCAUGCAGUUUGGCAAAGACGAACAGUACCAGCAGGCUCUCAUGCAUCUCUUCCGCCAACUGAGCACUCACGCCCUCAAAGCCAUCCAGGAACAGGGCCCAAACGUCGAUGCAUGCUGCGACCUUGUCGAGGACUGCUACGGAAUGGUUAACCGGUACAUCCGGUACUGCCCGCUCCUCGUCAGUCUCUCGCCAUCCACAAUUCAGCAGGCGUUGGUGGCGGCUCGGUCUGCCAUGUACGUGCAGCAGCGCGAGGCUGCGCAGGUGGUCUUCAUCUUCCUGGACUCCUGCGCCUUCGUUUGCGACGAACAAAGGCCGGUAGAGCCGCUGUCGAAUGCUCUCGUUUCGAUUGUCGUGGAGCAUUUGCCGCCUUUGGUGGACGAGGCGUUUCGGCUGCUCAUGGAAGCCCCGCCGAGUUACGUCGUCGGUCUCAUCGAGGGCUUUCUAAUUACUGUUGUCCAAGUCUUUCGCCACCGCGCAGAGCAGUGGAUAGCGCGAGGUUUGUCUGUUCUCCCGCCUGCGGUGCUGCCGAGCGAGGCGAUGAAAACCGAGCUGCUGGCGAAGCUCUGUAGGCCGGAGACUGGCGGCGUCUCCGAGGCAGUUGAAGGCCUGGCUUACAGGUAA